AUGGUUCAACACCAAAACCUACAAAAGAUUACUCAUCCUACACAGCUUGGUGACGUGUUAGAAGCAUCUUCCAUUAUGCAAGGUGUUCUUUCCAUUAUCGAGUUCUUCACAAAACUCAUAAUCAUCUGGGAUGAACUUGGAAAUUUUAGACUUGAUUCUACCUAUACUUCUAAAGAGAACCAUAGUAUACCUCUCUGGGCUAGCUUGGAUACAACUGUUGACAUGCAAAAAAUCGAAGAUAGUGGAAUUCCACAUGAUCCUGCCUCGACUCCAUCAAUUGAUACUACACAAGACUAUGCCUUAACUCAAUCGAUCAAUGCUACACAAGACCCUGCCUUGACUCAAUUGAUCGAUGUUACACAAGAUCCUACCUCGAUUCAAUCAACCACUGAUACACAAGACACCAAUGCUUCAUCUGAUCCUAUCUUAAGAAGAAUCACUCGUGUCAAAAAUCCCCCAGCUCAUCUAAGAGAUUAUGAUGUAGCUCAAAGUUUUACAACAUUAAAAGGCUAG